UAAUAGUUAAAUAAUAUAUGAUAAAUUGCUAACAUGCAAAUUAUCGUUUUAAUUAUUAUAAAAACAAUAAGUAAGCAUUAUAGAAUAUAUAAAAGAAUGUUUUCAACUAACUACAAUUACAUAAUUAUAAUGAACCAAAUAAAUACUAUUAUGGAUAAAAUAUUCUAGUAUAUAUUUUAAUCUAUAUAAGACUGACAAAAAAAAAGUAACUUAAAUUUUUGAAAUUGCUAUGCAGUUGAAAAUUGAAACGCAUUCUCAAAUUUAAUUACAAAAUGGAACCAGUUUUUGUAUAUGGUACGUUGAAACGAAAUCAGCCUAAUAAUUAUUGUCUCAAUGAUACUGAAAACGGCUGUGCUGUGUUUAGAUCGGUCGCCGUUACCAUCAAUAAAUACCCUUUAGUAAUUUCAACUAAAUUUAACAUACCAUUUUUAUUACAAAAAGAAGGUACUGGACAUGAAAUUAAAGGUGAAAUAUAUGACGUUGACACAACUAUGUUGGAAUUUUUGGACGAUUUUGAAAAUCAUCCAGAUUUUUAUAAACGACAAAAGAUUCAAGUUAAAUUACCGAAUGGAGAUAUUAAUGAUUGUUGGGUAUACCUUUUACCAAAAUAUCCAGAUAGUUAUUUGAGUUUACAAUAUUUUGACAAUUAUGAUUCUUGUGGUGAACAUGGACUUUCAUAUGUUACAAGGUAUCAAAGAGAUCCAAAUGAUGAAUUAUCAUUUCCCAAUUGGAAAUCAUCUAAUUAAUGAUAUUUCAAUUAUUUUACAGUGAAGACCUACGAUUAUUAGAAUAGGUAUUCAAGUUAGUCAAUAAAACACAGUCAUAGAUUAGCUCCUCUUCUCAGUCCAAUGUUUAUUAUUAAAUCAAUUAGGUGUAAAAAAAAAACUAAAAUUAGUAUUCGCACUACACUAGUGCAUUUUAAAAAUAAAUUUACAUAAUAUCACACAUUGUUUGAAAUACAAAUGAAAUUCAAUAAAAAAAAUAUGUGUAGUAGUUAUAAUCUUAUCUAUACAAAACAAAGGUGCUAAAUAACAUUUAGGAGAAAUAAUUGCUUUCGUAUAAAUUCACACAUUUUCUUUUUAUAUUAAUUGACUAGAAAUAAUAAUUUAAACUUGGUGCUUAGUGCAGCCAAAACUUAAUAGCAUUAAAUUAUUUUAAGCAUAAUUUUAUAACUGAUUCAAAGUUACAGAACAGUUAUUUAUAUCCAUGACUUUUAUUCUAAAACAUUGUAUGUUCUGCAACACAGCCAGAGCUACUUCUUCACGUCCUAAUUCAUUUAGUUGAUCAACCAAUGUGCCUGAAAAGACAAUUAAUAAAAUGUAAUUUUAAUACAA